AUGGGCCUGGAAGCGAUCUACGUGGUCCGGCACGGCGUAAGUACUCCUUCGAUGUUCGCGACGUAUUUUCGGCGGCAAGAAGACGGGGAGUAAUCAUGCAAUUCCACGCAUGGGACGAGAUCCAACUUGCCGUCUUCGGAAGGACUGCACGGGGCAAUAAGUAUACACGAAGUAGGACUCUUUCCUAUCUGGGAAGAAGCGCUGCCGCACUGUAGCGACUGCACUGUCCUUCUGUAUACUUUGAUCCUGUACGACCAGCAACAUCAAGAUUCUUUGACUAACCUCGAUGAAUAGUUCCGGUCAAAUUGGACCGUCGACCCAAAGACCGGCGAAUACGCAUCCAGCGUCCCAUCUCCGACUGGAAUCGUCGCGGAUCCCGCGCUGGCUGGCUAUGGAGUGAAGCAAGCAGAACAACUCGGAGAGCACCUUCUUAAGGUCGAUCCUCCCGUUGAUCUCAUCUACAGCUCGCCGUUCUACCGCUGCCUGCAAACGCUGCUUCCCUUCGUGAAGGCGCAAGUUGAGCGUAAAGGCAAGGACAAAGUCAUAGUCAACGUCGAGCCUGGCGUAGGCGAGUUCUACGGCCUUGCACGCUUCGAUCAUCCGUCACCCGCUCCAAUCGACGAACUCAACAAGCACUUCGACCACCUGCAGAUAGUCGAGCCGCCGACAAUUGUUCCAUCGACUAAGGGUGAGAGCAUACCUCAGCUGCACGAUCGGCUCGCCUACUGCCUUCAGCACAUCAUCGCUCGCGCCGAUGCCGACCCAACCGGACCCAAAGCGCUUCUCAUUUGCACGCACGCUGCCGCUAUGAUCGCCAUCGGGCGUGCUCUGACGGGUCGCAUGCCAGAGGACGAAGGUGAGGAGGACUUCAAAUGCUUCACGUGCAGCUCCAGCAAAUUCGUGCGGCGGAAGCAGGGACUCGCUACUGCGACGAAUGGCGCCAUCAACGGCGAGGUAAAUGGUACAAACCUCAAUUCAGAGUGGAAGCCUGACUCGCCCGAUCAAAUUCCCAACAUCGCUUGGCGAGAUGGCCACGGUGUCGGCGGUGGAUGGGACUGCGAGAUCAACGGCGACUGCUCAUUCCUUGACGGUGGCGAAGAGAGAGGCUGGUAA